CAUUUGUUAAGAUGUUAAGUGAAUGUCUGACGGCUCCACAUCAGAUCUCUCCAACAUGAGUUCACCAAAAAUCCUAGUUGUCAUAAUCUGGAUAUUGAGAGAUGCUGCCAGUGACAAAUGGGAAAUUAAAAUGCCUAAGAAAAUAGAUGCAAUAAGUGGCUUCUGUGUACAAAUUCCAUGUCAGUUUGAGAUCCCCGACUCGUUCAAAAAGUCCCUAAACAAAUCUGUUGAGGCAACUUGGAAACAAAAAACCAAAGAUGGACCAGACGUCCUUAGUUCACAUAGAACAGGGUUGUCUCUGCUAAAAGGAAAUGUGGUUGGCAACAUCUUAAACAACAAUUGCACAACUGUGUUUCACAACUUUCCAGUUGGAUUUAGUGACACUUUAUUUUUCAGACUUCAGGGUCCAGAACCUCUCAAGUAUACAUUUGAGCCAGGAGUAAACAUUACAGUCCAUGAAGGCGUUCCCCCACCUCUCUUGAGCUCAUAUGUUGAGGUGAUGGAGGUUCUAGAGGGCUCCAGGUUGACACUGACCUGUUCCACUGUGGUCUCAUGUCCUUUAAUCCAACCUCUGAUGCGGUGGAACCCACAGCUGGGAGAACAGCUCACACCAGCCCUACAGAUGGAUGAAUUUGGACAGACACUGUUAGUCUCCUCUCAGACGUUCGAUGUGACUCCCCUGCUUGACCACCUGAAAGUUUCCUGCUCUGUUUUGUACUCCCAGGACAGCAAAAAAACGGCACAAACCGGCGUCACCCUUAGAGUGCUGUAUGCUCCCCAAAACACCAUAGCCCUGGUCAGUCCAUCGGGUCCAGCGUCUGAAGGCAGUGUGGUGAUGCUGAGCUGUCGCAGUGAUGCUAACCCUGCGGUCCAGCGUUAUGAGUGGUACAGAGACAGCGGAUCUGGACAGCUAGAGUUACAGAAUCAAGGACAGAAUCUAACAAUGAUAGCCAGAAGUACUGCUCAGGGUCUGUAUGUCUGCAAGGUCUACAACACCCACGGGACCGACCAAUCGAGACCUGUCGCUCUGACCAUAAAUAGUUGCUCCAUUGCACCGUAUGUUAUAUGUGGACUUCUAACGUUUUUCUUAAUUCUUGUUACCGCAGUGGACUUGGUCAAAUACAAAAGCCUGUUAAAAAGACUUCAAGCAUCUGAAAGUUUGCGCGGACCCAUGACCUACACCACCCUCCACGGGACAAGUGAGUCAGUGUAUGAUGUAAUACAGUCAAGGGCCAGCAGAAGCGAAGACGACUAUGAAAACAGAAACUUUGGUAAACCUCAGCCCAGUUAGGAGUUGUGGCCUGGAAUGAAAAUUAUACAAAAUACUUUGGUUCUCGGGUUCAUAUGGCUGCUUGACAAAAGUAAAAGCAAUUAAUUAAAUCAAAAUGACAGAACCGGCAUCAGUAAGAUUAAUACUUUAAUUCAGCGAGGGUGAAUUACAUUGAUCAAAAGUGACAAUGACAUUUAUAAUGUUACAAAAUCUAUAAAUCGAUAAAUCAUGUCCAAAAUAAAGGUUUUUGUUAACA